GAACGUGUGAGUCCGUUUGAAAGACAAAAACAAUGAAUGAAUGAACGAAUGAACUAUUCGAGAGAAAGCCUAGAAAAAAUUAGUAGAGAAAACAAGCGAAAAUAAUAAUAACAAAGAGCAAGAGAAUGACAGAAAGUUAUAGGAAUAAAUGGUAAAGAGAAAACUAAAAGAAGAUAACUCUGUCUCUUUUUUUUUCCUAAGCAGACGACAUUAGUGCGCAUGCGCACAGGAUGACGUGAGUGGAGUCCCAAGAUGGCUGCCGUCGUGUUGGCAAAUUUGAGUUGGAAAACUGUUACAUCAGCAGUGUGUCCAGGAGCUGUGUUGUCCGGUCGUUGUCUCCGUUGUCUAUCGGCAUGUUUAUAUUUAUCACCGAAAGUAAACGCAUUGGGGGAAUUAUAUUUUCGAAAUUAAACAAAAAGAAAAAAAAAGAAAUACACACAAACAAACGAAAGACAGCAAACAACAACAACAGGAGAACAAAUAUUAUAACAACAAACAUUAAUAACAACGACAACAACAACAACAUCAAUAACAAUUAAUAUUAACAACAACACAGACACAUACACACACAUACCUACACAGUGAUACGACCAUGUCGUGGCUUGGUGGAAGUAUCUCUACAAUUACUGGUCAGUUGUCCAACUUUACGAAAGAUAUAUUGACAGAGGGUACAGAGGAAGUUAGUGAUCAUGUGACUGAAUUACAUCUGGCACAGAAGAAAAUCCAGGAACUGGAAAAUACAACUUUGGCACUAAAAUCUGAGAAUGACUGGUUGAAGAAACUAAAUAAGGAUCUGGAAGAUAAAGCUGAAUGUUCAGAACUUCAAAUAAAUUCUAUCUCCAGAGAAUAUCGGAGUGUUCUCGAAUUCAAAGAGGUCACUGCCUUCGAUCAAACUCAGAAUCUUGAGAAGGAAAACCAGCUGCUGAAGCAACAGAACCAUGAACUCCAAGAGGCCCAUAUCAACUCUGUUGUAUCUAAAGACCAAAAAUCGCCUCCAUUAGAAUCUUCAUUUUAUCCGGAUUCUUCAAAUCGGAAUUCUGGUUUUGUGAAUGAUGAAUUGGAUUUUGGUGAAAACAUCAAUCUACAGCACGAAGUCAACCGGUUACGCUCCAGUGUCCAACACCUUCAGUCAGAAUGCAAACAUUGGAAAAGCAUUGCAUCUCAGAGGAGUUCAGAAAGAGGUGAAUCAUCACAAGUGUUGGCAGAUAUUGCAGAACUCCAAAAUAAAAACAAAGAGCUUGAGAAACAGUUCCAUAGUGAGAAAGAACGGCAUCAUGAUGAAGUGUCUGCCCUCCAAAAUAUGUACUACCAGAAGAUCACCGACCUUAAAAAAACAUAUCAAGAAAAAUUGGACAGUCAACAGACAUCAGGUAAUGAAACAAAAGAAACUGUGGAAAGUGCGGAGGAAAAAAGGUUAAAGAAACAAUUAGAACAUUCCGAAGAUGAAAUCAACAGACUGAACAGCUAUAUAAGUUCCAUAGAAGAUAAACUUAAUCUCCAAGAAACAGCAACUAAAAAUGAUGUAGGUGUUCAAGAGAAGGGAGAAAUAGUUGCAAAUAUCGAGAGCGACAAAGAUAAAGUGUACUACAGAGAAGAGAAAGGAGAAGGUGAUUACCGAGAAACUUUUGAAGCUCUAAGGAAUGAAAUUGCUGACCUAAAGAACCAAAAUUUUGUUCUCGUCAAAGAAAAUGGCAACUUGAAGAAACAUUUGGAAGAAAACUCAAAGCCGAUUGACGAAUUAGAAGGAAACAUGAGUUGGGACCAUUACGAUGAAUUAGAAGGAAGUUCUAAUGUUCUUCAGCGUGCCUCACAUAGACCGUUUGAGGACAGUUCCAUGCAUGGUUUGGAUGAGAACGACUGCCAAAAUAGGCAUGCCUCUAGAUCAGAGAUGCAAGAACAGAUGUCUGCUCUGCAGAAUCAAGUUGAAAAAUAUGAGAGGGAGCUGGAGCGUUUUGAGUACCUCAAGUCUGAUUGGCAGCUUGAGAAAGAAGCUCUUGAAGAUGUUCUUAUGAAUUUGCGGAAUCAACUGAAAGAUAAGGAGUCUGCUAACAAUUUGGCUCAAGACCAAAAGGAGGAACUAGCUGAAGUUGAACGGCAAGAGAAAAACAAUGAUGAUGACAUAUCUUUUGAAACGGCUGAGUAUUUACUAGACAAAGCUGCUGCCAGCUUGUAUCCGCUAAAAAUGGGUUAUCUGCGUGAACCACGCUCUAUGAACAGUGAUGAGGAAGAUGCUAGCAGCGACUUCAGCGUUGACAUUGAGAAGUUUGACCGGCAGGUGGCCCUGCUCACACAGGCCAAUGCCGAUUUGGAAAGGGAGAGAGAGUACCUGCUCCAAGAAAAGCAUCAUGCCAACGAUGAAAUCAGCUAUUUCAAAGACAAGGCCACAUCUUUGGAAGAAAAAUACACAGAGAAAGUGAAAAAUGAAAAAACUUUGAAAGAAAAACUGAAGGAAGCCAAGCAUCAUUUGGCUGAGAAAGAUGAACAGAUAGAAAAAUUAAUCAGUGAGAAAGAUGAUGUUCAAAGUAGUCUUGAAGAACUGGAUUCCCAGCACCAAGAAGCCAUAAGUCAGUUAAUUGAUAAUCGCCAUGAUCUUGCCAAAAAGGUUAGAGAAAAAUCUGAUCAAAUUGAUCAAUUACAAGCCGAACUGAAGCAGAUCCAGUUUCAGCUGGAUACUGCAAAUGAAACCAUUUCCAAGCAGAAAUCUGAUCUAGAAGAACAUUCUAGAAGCCAUCAUGUCUCUCAUGAUCAGCUGAAUGAAUUGUCUUCUGAGAAAGACAGACUUUCAAAUCAAAUUGAAGAUCUGAAAGCCAAGCUAGAGAAAGCUGCCUAUGUGGUAAAUGAACUACACCUGGAUAAAAAGGAACUUUGCCAGAAAAUGGCAGAGAAAGAAGAAGGCUUGAACAAUGAAAUUAAAGAAUUAGCAGCACAUAACAAAGAGCUUGAACUUAGUAACUCUGAGCUUCAGGAGAAACUCUCACAACCACUGGAAACUGAGGACACAUCUGAAAUGGAGUUCAGAAAUAAGUGCUUAGAUAAAGAAAUUCAGAAUCUAAAGGAAAAUGUAAAAGAGUAUGCAGAAUUGAAUCGCAUGAAUGAGAUGAAACUUGCAGAUAAUGAAGAUAGAUUUAGUAAAUUAUUUAAAGAGAUCGAAGAAGUCAAGAAAGAAAAUACUGAGCUUGUGAUUAAGUGCUCAGCUCUGAGAGAAGAAAAUCAGUUCCAGCUAAAAGCCACAGAAGACAAAAACUCUAAGGAGAGAUUUGAAAUUAACAAUCUUCAACAAGGAACUGAUAGUCUUAGCCAGGGUCUUGGACAUCUUCUACUAGAUUCAGAGAAGCCUGAUGCCAGUCUGUUACUUGAGUCUAUCAACUACACUGGAGAACUAUUGGAAGACUAUCUUGUAAAUGUUUUGGAAAGAAAUGGUGCAGAAUCUUCUGGAAAACCUGCAGAACACUUUAGAGCUAAACAAGUUAAAAUGUGCCUAGCAUAUCUGAAAGCUCGAUUAAAAGACAGACAGGAGGAGCUAUAUAUAUCUAACCAAAAUGAAGAGCAUUCCAAGAUUAUGAUAGAGAAGUGUGAGGAAAUAGAAGCUUUAAGAACUCAAGUGUUGGAGCUAAGAAAAGAUCUAGUCAGUAGCAUGGAAAGAAUUCAAGAAUUUGAGGAUAUAUCUAACAGAAAUCAGGAAUUAGAAGGUCAGGUAGAAAAGCUAAACAAUAAGAACCUGGAGCUAACUAAUGAAAUGUCAGUUCUACUCUCCAACGAUUCUCAAGACUCAGCUAAUAAUCUCUGUGAUCCAAAGACUUUAGAUUUGAUCACAGAUUUAGAAUUUGAGUUGCUUUCUUCGAACAAUAAGAUUAAAUCUUUAGAAAAAUUGGUAUGUAAACUCCAGGCAUCAUCAGGAGUUGCUCCUGAAAAGGAACUAAUAAAAGGUGUGGUUGAUAAGAAUUCCUUAAACAGUGAAACAAGUGACAUUUUAUCACUUCAAGCUAAAGUUGAGAAAGAUGAGCAAGAACUCAGGUAUUUCAAGAAUAUUCUCCAAGAUAUAUCUAGUAUCAUAGACUCGGAAAAACUACAAGGAUUAAAUAAAGAUGUCAUUGAGUAUCUGAAGCAACUGAAGGCUGGAGAAUUUGAAGAUAAAUAUUCUACAGGGGGCAGUGAAGGGGAUGCAGAUGAAGUGGUUGAAAAAGCUGAUGAAAUCCGAGAUCCAGAAUCUCUGAAGUGUUUUUCUGAGAAGAAGAUUGUAAGUGAGGAGAUAUCUGUUCAGAAGCAGAGUUGCACAACAGUCACAAAUGGAAAUGCACAGGUCGAAGAACUGGAGAAACUACAACAGAUUGUUUCAGAAAAGGACAAUAUCAUUCAAGAGUUGCAAAACAACAAUGCCAUGCUGUUAAAAAUGAUUGAGUCGAAAUCCGUGUCGGUGUAUGGUGAUAAAAGUCUUCUUGAACUUCAUCAGUUAUCAAAUGAUGUGAAAGAUUUGAAAUUGGAGAAGGAACAAAUGAUUUCUGUGAUGGACGAAAAGACAAGAGAGUGCAGUUCUUUGAAAGCUGAAGUACACCGUCUGAUGGCUAUUGUGUCGGAAGAAAGGAAUGCAAUUGAUCAUCUACAGCUUGAGAACCAACAGUUGCUACAGUCUCAGAACAAAGUUAUUGUUUCAAAUGAUGCCAGUGAGGCUGGAGGAAUGCAGAAGGAAGCCCUGCAGAAACUUUCAAACAUCAUUCGAGACAAGGAUGUUGAAAUCGAUGCCUUGAAGCAAAAGAACAAGACUCUGCUGACGAUAUUCCAAGACAGUUCACAGAGUGGUCCACAGAUCAACUCACUCAUACAAGAUAAAGAGAACUUAAAGAAGCAGUUGAGUGUUCUUCAAGCUGAACGGGAUCAGAUCGUAAGCUAUUUGAAUCAGAAGCACCAGGAAAGUGUGGCUUAUCACAAUGAAAUCCAGCGCUUGAAUGCAUAUAUCCAGAAUGAAGCUGAAAAAUAUGACCAAUUGAAGUGUGAACACGACCGAUUAAUGCCAUUGUAUGAAGACCGGAACCAAACACUUAUCAAAACCCAGAAUGAGCUUGUGAACUACAAACAGAAGUAUUCUGAACUAGAAGCAAAAUAUGAGGAACUGAUGCAAAGAAGUAAUGUUAGUGAGACAGUUGAUGUGAUCACAUACAACAACAAAAUUGAAGAGAUCAACUUCCUACAGGAAAGAUUGUCAAAAGUUCAAGCUGCACUAACAGAACAAGAGCAGAAAGUCCAGGGACAGUUGCAUAGCAACAAUGAUACUGAACGCACCCUGAGAGGAAUAGAACUCGAGCGAAACAACCUGAAGAAGCAGUAUGAUAGUUUAACAUUCCAGUUCAGGGAGCUUCAGACACAGCUGAACGAGCUGAAGACAGAGAUAGCUUCAUCUCAACGCCUCAAUGAGGAGCACAACAUGGAAAUUUCAACCUUGAAAGAAAUCAAUAACAAACUGAGCUUGACUAUUCAACAGAAAGAAUUUGAGCUGCGGAAUGUCACUGAGAAGGCCAACACUGUGACAGCAAUGUUACAGAAACAGCUGGGAGAGAGAAGUGAGUUGGAUUUGUUGCUACAGGAGUCCGAAUCGAUCCGACAGCAAGCUGUUAAAUUCCAACGAGAGAGGGACCAAGUAAUUCUUUCCAUGAGGAAUCUUCAAAUAGAGAAGGAAGAGAUGACUAAAGAGAUGCAGAAGUUCAAAGACAGAAACGACAAGCAAACCAGGGAACUUGAAAGGCUUAAGAUGCAUUUGCUGCAGAUUGAAGAAGCUUACACAAAGGAGGCUUUGGAGUCGGAAGAGCGAGAGAAAAAUUUGCGAAACAAACUGGCUGCUACUGAAGAGAAGGCUUACAUCACGGCUGCUGCUGUGGAAUCAGCUGGACAACACAGUUCUGCACAAAUUAACAGCUUGAAUCAACAGCUGCAUGCAAUGGCCUCUCAACGUGACAAUGCCUAUCUCCAGUUAAGCACUUACCAAGAACAGUGUAAACAGUAUGCUACCUCGCUCAUGAACCUACAGAUGGUGUUAGAACAGUUCCAGGCAGAGCGAGAGAGUCAGAUGACAGCUGAGAAGCACAAGAAUGAAGUAGAGCAGAAUCACUUAAAGGCAUUAAUUGAAAAUCUUCAGUCCAAUCUCCAAGACACUCAGGAGAAGCUGUCUGAGGCUGAAGAUGGUUUGCAGGCAGCUGAGCGCCUUAGUGAACAGAUAGACUUAAAGAUGAAUCAUAUAGGACAGUUGAAGGCUGAAGUUGAAGAGAAAGAAAAUCUUCUGAAAGAGGCUGAUCAAGAGAUCCAUCGGCUGAAAUUUGAUUCUGAAGCAUUUGUCGAUAAACUUGUAAUGAAAAACCUUAUCAUUAAUUACCUGAGCACAUCACAAACAAAGAAGGGUGAUGUCUUAAGGCUUAUUGGUGGCAUUCUAGAAUUUUCUCCUGAAGAUUUCUCAAAGGUAGUGAAAUACGUAUAUGAGCAAAGAAACAAUUGUGGUUGUAUAUCCUUUAAGCCUUAAUUUCCAAGAGAAAAGAGAAAAUGUAAAUUCAAAGAAAAAGAAUCGAUUAUUGAUGUAUUUAAAAAAAAACAAAAAACUAAUUGAGUGGAAACUUUAUCAGAAAUUACUGACUGGAACUUUUGAGUUUCUCUACCUGGCUGCUGAACUGUUAGAAAAAGCAGCCAAAUGACACUGUCACGUUAAAGAGAAUCAUGAAUUAAUGUCAUCUUAGAUAUAUAAGCUGAAUAGUAAACGAAGAGAUUUAGUGCCUACUGGGAAAGCAGAAGGUUCAUUUAGGAAAAGCUGGGUAUUGGGCUUUUUCCAGACAAGUUCCAUUCCUCCAUCUGUAUCACCCAACCCCAGCCCUUCA